CACAGGACGAGGAAAGUGCAAGCGGGUAAAACAAAUCAUUACAAGAUCGCUAAGAACAGCUAUUUUUAGUGACGUGGACCAAAUAAGACCCUGUUGGGAAUGUAAUGUGGAUUAUUGCGCUUUGGGAUAUUUUUGUACGAAUACUGAGCUAGUGUGCCGUAGCCAGUGCAGAGAACUAUAUGGACUACAUUACCCACAAGGCACCAUGAAGACUGAGCUAGUUUCCCAAAAUAUUGAAAGAGUCCAACCUGGAGGACUUGUCUGGAUGAUUGAGAGAGUGUGUUAAGUCUGGGGAGAUACCUGCAAGAAAAGAACACCUCAGCAGAUAAACACCACCUUAUCUGCACUCGUCUUCUCAAGUUUGUCCAUUCCAGGAAACAAGAAAACAAACCUUGAUUGUCGUCAGACAGAGAUUGGAUUGUUGUGCAAUGUGAUUGGCCUUACAACUGUUAUUUAAGACUGUUCUCCCUCUCAAUUCCCUCUCCUCUUUACGGAUAUUUUUUGUCACUGCGUUGACGAUCUCACCUCUUCUCUAAUAUCUCUGGGCAUGCUGUGGGAUGUACUUUGGAUAUACUGACCUUUGAACCAAAGCAAAUUCAAUGAUUUCCUUCUGUUCAGGAUUAUAACCCCAAUCUCCAGCACUUUUACAAUGCAUUUCUUCAGAUUCCCAGUCCAGAUGCAGCUGCUGCUCAGUACUGUGCUUGGGCCCUGCUUGGGCCUGGAGUUUACAGGGUCACAAGGCCAGUGGGCACGCUAUCUCCGCUGGGAUGCCAGCACCAGAAGUGACCUCAGCUUCCAGUUCAAAACAGACGUGUCCACCGCCUUAAUCCUGUACUUUGACGAUGGUGGCUACUGCGACUUUCUGCAACUUCUGGUGGUUGAAGGGAAGCUCCAGUUGCAGUUCAGCAUCGAUUGCGCUGAGACCACCAUCGUAUCGGACAAGCGAGUCAAUGACAGCAGCUGGCAUUCUGCCACCCUGAGCAGGUACAACCUGAGAACUGUGCUGGGUCUGGACGGAGUGGGCAAAUCAAGUGAGGUGCGGCCACAGAGGCAGUACAUGAAGAUCGUUAGUGACCUCUUCCUGGGUGGAGUCCCACAAGAUAUACGUAUUUCUGUGCUCACUCUCCCAACAGUGAAGGAUCUUCCACUGUUUAAGGGAAUUAUCAGGGAACUGAAGUAUAAUAACAAGGAACCUAUUCUACUGAGCAGCCAGAGGGUCCGAAUGGACAUGGAGGGAAUCUGCAUGGAGAACCCAUGUGAGAAUGGAGGGACGUGCUCCGUUGUUGAUGGGGAACCACUAUGUGAUUGUUCAAAGACGGAAUAUGUUGGCCGAUUCUGCAGUGAAGAGGCCAACAGUAUCCCAGGUUUAGCACACAUGAUGAUGGCAGAUCAAGCCAAGGGCAAAGCACGAGAAGAGAAUGUGGCCACGUUCAGAGGUUCCGAAUACUUCUGCUACGACUUGUCUCAGAAUCCCAUCCAGAGCAGCAGUGAUGAGAUCACGCUGUCCUUUAAGACCUGGCAAAGAAAUGGCCUUAUCCUUCACACCGGAAAAUCAGCCGACUACGUCAACCUGGCGUUGAAAGAUGGGGCCGUUUCACUGGUCAUCAACUUGGGUUCCGGAGCCUUCGAAGCCAUUGUCGAACCUGUCAAUGGCAAAUUCAACGACAACACCUGGCACGACGUGAAAGUCACACGCAACCUCAGACAGGUGACAAUAUCAGUGGAUGGCAUCCUCACCACCACAGGUUACACUCAGGAGGAUUACACCAUGCUUGGCUCGGACGAUUUCUUUUAUGUUGGAGGAAGCCCAAGUACAGCGGAUUUACCUGGGUCACCUGUCAGCAACAACUUCAUGGGUUGCCUGAAAGAGGUUGUUUACAAAAACAAUGACAUCAGGCUGGAACUCUCCCGUCUCGCCCGUAUCGUGGACCCCAAAAUGAAGAUCCAGGGAGAUGUGGUGUUCAAGUGCGAGAACGUGGCUACUCUGGAUCCUAUCUCAUUUGAGACACCCGAGGCCUACAUCAGCCUGCCCAAGUGGAACACCAAGCGCAUGGGCUCCAUCUCCUUUGACUUCCGUACUACUGAACCAAAUGGCCUUAUUCUUUUUACCCAUGGAAAGCCCCAGGAACGAAAGGACGCCCGCAGCCAGAAGAAUACUAAAGUGGACUUCUUUGCAGUUGAGCUUCUAGAUGGGAGUUUGUAUCUGCUGCUGGACAUGGGCUCUGGGACUAUCAAAGUGAAAGCCACGCAGAACAAGGUGAACGACGGGUCCUGGUACCAUGUGGACAUCCAACGAGAUGGAAGAUCAGGCACCAUAUCUGUCAACAGCCGUCGCACUCCGUUCACUGCCAGUGGUGAAAACGAGAUCUUGGACCUGGAGGGGGACAUGUACCUGGGCGGUCUCCCUGACAACCGGGGUGGCCUGAUCCUACCUACCGAGCUGUGGACAGCCAUGCUGAACUAUGGCUACGUAGGCUGCAUUCGGGACUUGUUCAUUGACGGCCGCAGUAAGGACAUCAGGCAGAUCGCUGAAGCCCAGAACGGAGCAGGAAUCAAGCCUUCCUGCAAUAAGAUGUCAGGGAAACAGUGCGACAGCUAUCCGUGCAAAAACAAAGGCGUUUGUAAAGAAGGAUGGAACCGUUUUAUCUGUGACUGUACGGGCACCGGUUACUGGUCGCGUACCUGUGAGAGGGAGGCAUCCAUCCUAAGCUAUGAUGGGAGCAUGUAUAUGAAAGUGGUGAUGCCAACAGUGAUGCACACUGAAGCUGAGGACGUGUCCCUUCGCUUUAUGUCUCAGCGGGCAUACGGCCUGCUCAUGGCCACCACCUCCCGUGACUCUGCCGAUACUCUUCGGCUGGAGCUGGACGGAAGUCGUGUCAAACUCACGGUCAACUUAGACUGUAUCAGGAUAAACUGUAACUCCAGCAAAGGACCAGAGACACUGUAUGCCGGACAAAAGCUCAAUGAUAAUGAAUGGCAUACUGUGCGUGUGAUCCGGAGAGGCAAAAGCUACAAGCUAAUGGUUGACGAUGACGUAGCAGAAGGUCAGAUGGUGGGCGACCACACCCGGUUAGAGUUCCACAACAUUGAGACGGGUGUGAUGACAGAACGCCGUUUCAUCUCCAUGAUUCCCUCCAGCUUCAUUGGUCACCUGCAGAGCCUCAAAUUCAAUGGCAUGCUCUACAUCGACCUGUGCAAGAACGGUGACAUCGACUACUGCGAGCUCAAUGCCCGUUUCGGCAUGCGUUCCAUCAUUGCAGACCCCGUGACAUUCAAAUCCAAGAACAGUUACCUAAGUCUUGCCACAUUGCAGGCUUACACAUCCAUGCACCUUUUCUUCCAGUUCAAAACGACCUCUCCAGAUGGAUUUAUCCUGUUCAACAGUGGAGAUGGAAGCGAUUUUAUCGCUGUAGAGCUGGUGAAAGGGUACAUACAUUAUGUGUUUGAUCUUGGAAAUGGCCCCAAUGUAAUCAAAGGCAACAGUGAAAGAGCUCUCCAUGACAACCAGUGGCAUAAUGUUGUUAUAACUAGAGACAACAGUAACAUUCACACACUGAAAGUCGAUGCCAAGGCAGUGAGCCAAGUUGUCAACGGUGCAAAAAAUCUGGACUUAAAAGGUGACCUCUACAUUGCUGGAUUGGGACCCAACAUGUACAACAACUUACCGAAACUGGUAGCCUCCAGGGAUGGCUUCAAGGGUUGUUUGGCAUCUGUGGACCUGAAUGGUCGCCUUCCUGACCUCAUAAACGACGCCCUGUUCCGCAGCGGUCAGAUCGAGCGAGGAUGUGAAGUUGGUUUCACCAAAGCAGAUCUACAAGGUCCUAGCACUACAUGCCAAGAAGACUCCUGUGCCAACAUGGGGAUCUGCAUCCAGCAAUGGGAGAACUACACCUGUGACUGCUCAAUGACCUCCUACACGGGAACGCAGUGUAAUGACCCUGGAACAACGUAUAUCUUUGGGAAAGGAGGAGGUCUCAUAACCUUUAACUGGCCGGCCAAUGAGCGCCCUAGCACCCGUACGGACAGGCUGACCGUGGGCUUCAGCACCUCGCUUAAGGAUGGCAUCCUGAUCCGCAUCGACAGCGCCCCCGGUCUGGGAGACUACCUCAUGCUCCACAUUGAGCAAGGCAAAAUCGGAGUCACAUUCAACAUCGGAACAGCUGACAUUGUUGUACAAGAGAGCAGCACUGCAGUAAAUGAUGGCAAGUACCAUGUAGUGCGCUUCACCAGAAACGGGGGCAAUGCCACACUUCAAGUGGACAACUGGGCCAUAAACGAGUACUUCCCCUCAGGUAACAGCGAUAAUGAGAGAAUUCAAAUGGCCAAUAAGAAAAUUCCUUUCAAAUAUGCCCGGCCCGUAGAGGAAUGGCUUCAGGAGAAAGGGCGGCAGCUAACAAUAUUCAACACCCAGGCCACAAUAACAAUUGGUGGUUCAGAUCGCAAGAGGCCAUUUCAAGGCCAGCUCUCCGGACUUUACUAUAAUGGCCUGAAAGUGCUCAACUUGGCUGCUCAGGGCAACCCUAACAUCAGAAUCAACGGGAGCGUUCGCCUGGUGGGCGAGGUUCCCUCUGCGGGUUCAGCCAGAACUACGGCCCUCCCCCCAGAGAUGUCCACCACCUUUAUCGAGACCACGACCACAAUGUCUACCACAACAAUGAGAAAACACCGCACUCCACCCACAAUAGAGACCACGGACGACAUGGUCUCUUCGGCAGAAUGCUCCAGUGACGACGAGGACUUUGCUGAGUGCGAAGGACAUGCAGGUGGGCUAGCAAUCCCCACGGAGCCGGGCAUCAGGCGGGUUCCGGGGGCCUCCGAGGUGGUCCGUGAAUCUAGCAGCACCACCGGAAUGGUCGUCGGGAUAGUUGCCGCUGCCGCUUUAUGCAUCCUAAUUCUCCUGUACGCCAUGUAUAAGUACAGAAACAGGGAUGAGGGAUCCUACCAAGUGGAUGAGACCCGGAAUUACAUAACCAACUCAGCACAGAGCAAUGGAGCAGUCAUGAAGGACAAACAGCAGAGCUCAAAAAGCGGCAACAAGAAACAGAAAAACAAGGACAAGGAGUACUACGUGUGAGAUAUCGAGAGAGGUGUAACAGAACAUUAAUCUGUUUUGGAACUGCACUGACAGAAGCCAAACCCUGGCGCUGUGCUGAGAUUGCAAACUCUGACAGGUGAAUUGUACCAUAAAGCACACUUAAGCAUACCGAGAAGGUAAAUAGCAACAUUAGUGACCUUAUUCCUCUAUCUGGUCAGAGACGUUAUCAGUGUAGAAUAUUCCACAGCUACAUCAUAAUCCUAAGUGACUUUUAGAGGUAUGUGAUCCUUGGCGUAAAUCUUGUUUCCUUUUCUUUUAUCUUUUUCUUUUUUCUUUUUGUAAUUCUGUAAAAAAAACAUAAAGAGGAAAAAGUUAUAUCGGCCAUUUCAAGCAUGUAAGAGACACAGUGCUGGCGUCUGUAACGAAAGUGGGACUGAAAAAAUGUUUAUCACAUAUUAUGAGAGAUAAAAAGGACUCUGGCAACAAAAUAUAUAUAAAUAGAUAUAUAUGAUAAAUUUGUAUUGUUUAUACAUUUCAUGUGGUGUCUUAUAAUUUUUUUGCUCUCUGCAAAAAGAAGAAAAAAAUAUGUAAUAAAUGAAAUUUGCUAAAGACAGGUCACUGAUGACAGCACAGCACUGGUAUGACAUUUUAAUUGUGCAACCAACUGUAAUAUUGAAAUUGUGUGAGUUACGAGAAGGACAGUGAAGUUUUGUUGUCUCAGUAAAGCGACUGAUUGUAGUGCAUGCCAUGCCAUCCUUCGCUUCGAUAUAAGAUGUUCGACGAACGAUGCUUGAACACGUCCACCACGCCAAUCCGAUCAUCAGACCCCUCACAGCGACAGCAAGGGACCACGCUCCCAAACCUCUAUCUCUGUUUCUUUGCAGCCAGUUGCUGAUUGGAACUUUUUGAACUGUAUGUAUGUUGGUCCAUUUGCUCUCGUCUUUUUAUACAGCUGUCUGGUGCAGACUGGCGCAGUGCUAUGAUACUGUUAAAGGAUGUCUAUACAAAAAUAAAUCUAAUGUGAAAAGUGUGAAAAAUUCUAUCUGUUGUCACAGUCAGCUGUGUCAAACAACAAAUUUGUUUACAUAUUUUAUUACAUGAUAUAGCGGUUGUACUUUGUAGGUAGAUGAUGUACAUAAAAACCUAAGUUGUAUUUUUUUUAGUAAUUCUAUUGUACAGAGAGAUCAUUUGAUUUAUCAGUGUAUUUCAUGAAGAAAAUUCGACACUGUCGACUCAUGUGAAAGAAAGACUUUGCCGUGUCAAAAAUAUACACACGUUUUGUAAGGAAAAGCAGAGAAUAUUGUUAGAUUAGAGGUCUAAUCUUUCUCGCAGAUGUUUCGCAUGGAUAUUUGACUACUUGAAGCUGUCAAAAUACAAGACACACCUCUUAAUUGUAUCAAGGUUUCCUUGUUAUCAGUUGUUCUAUUUAUAGAAGAAUCAAAGAAAUAUGUAAUAAAGACAGACUAAUAUGGA